AUGGCUCCGGCCAUCGUCACCAGUCUGCGGCACCAGGCGCGCUCUUACAUUUCUGGCAGACUUUCAAGUCUCCCGGACACGGCUGACAUCACGGCGCGAACGUUCGACGCAUCUAUCGGCCCCCUCGCUGCUCGAUCUGUUCUCGUGGGCCGCGACAGCACUCCGCCUAAAGAAGACCCAAGUGUCGGCGUCACCAAUCCCCACGACAUCAACAACACGGCGAUAUUUGCGGUGUUUGGCCUUAUCGGCGCGGCCUUCGUCAUCACUGGUAUUUGGUUCUUCUUUUGGGCCAAAAAUGGCGGCUUCUACUUCAAGGAGAACGACUGGGAUGACUACAAAUCGACUGUCCUGCGUCGUAAGGGUCCGAACGGCACAAUUCUAUCAAAUGCCACGCCCUCAACGAACCUGGGCGGUGGCAGCGUGUACAAGGACUAUGACGACAACACAACCAGUAUUUCCGGAACCACGUUGUCGGGUAUCACUGCUGGAGCAAGUGAUAUUGCAGCACGUGAGAAGCGUGAGCGCAAGCGGGAGAAGCGCCGCCGUGAUAAAGAGGCCCGUCACAACGAGAAGCGAUCAUCGCGCAGGCAUCAUCAUCAAGAGGAGACUGGUGUCUUGAUCGACGAAGAAGCGGAGCGAGAGGCCAAGCAGCAUUUGCGGUCAUACAGACACGAGAAGCCGGCCCGUGUCGGUGGCAUGAACAAAGAGUCUGAAGCGUCCGAAUGGGACGGGUCCACAAACCCGACUGAAUCAUCCGUCUCAUCCAACCUGCUUUCCAACCGCGAGACCACCCCUACAUCAACGCCCGCCAAAGGAGGCAUCCGCAAGGUAUACAGCACGGCUGACCGCAACGAGGAGCGUGAACGCCAGCGAAUCCGCGCCGAGGCUAAGAAGCUUCAGGAGAAGGGUCGUUCUGCCGGCAGCUCGAGGCGCGAUUUCAGCUUCCAGCGCGGCAGUACCAUCGCAGAGGACCAGGUCACUCGUGGUUAUGCUCUACCCCCACCUCAAGAGGAACCGGAGCACAGUAUCCCCGGUAGCUGGGCUGAGAGCGAUAUUACCAGCGCCGUCAGCAGCGACUAUGGCAACAAAUCAUACCACCACGUCAUCCCAGGGCUGAGCAGCCAGAGUGCCGUCAGCAGCGAAUACGCGGACGAGAGACGGAAGAGAAGACAGGCCCGGCGCAACCGCGACCACUGA